AUGAAUUUUCUCCAGCGCGGUUUCUUUCGCCUUGCUACAGUGCUGCUAUUAGCUCGCUGUAGCCAGGCCAAAACUGUCACCCUCGAUUUCAACGUCACUUGGGUCAACGCUAACCCUGACGGCCUCCAUGAACGCAAAGUCGUCGGAGUGAACGGCCAGUGGCCAUUACCAGUGAUCGAGGUUGACAAAGGCGAUCGGCUGAUUGUCAACAUGUACAAUGGCCUUGGAGACAAAGACACAUCUAUCCAUUGGCACGGCAUGUUCCAAAAUGGGACAAACAACAUGGAUGGUCCCUCAAUGGUUACUCAAUGUCCUGUCCCUCCUGGUACCUCAAUGACCUACAAUUUCACUAUUCCUCAAAACGGCACCUACUGGUAUCAUUGUCAUACCGAUGCUUGCUACCCAGAUGGCUAUCGUCAAGCUUUAAUUGUGCAUGAUAAAGACGCAUAUUUUGAAAGCAUGUACGAUGAUGAGUUCACUGUCACUAUGAGUGAUUGGUAUCACGAAUUAGUCGAAGAUAUUCCAUUUAUUCGUGUGGAGAACCCAACUGGUGCCGAGCCUGUUCCGAACUCUUUUCUUUUCAACGAUACCGUGUCGAACACCAAUAUACCAGUUGAAGCCGGAAAGACAUACUUGCUCCGAUUAAUCAAUAUCGGUGCCUUUGUGGCGCAGUAUUUCUAUAUCGAGGACCAUACUUUCCGCAUCGUUGAAAUCGACGGGGUUUACGUUGACGAGCAAGAGGCUGAUACGCUUUAUAUUGCCGUAGCACAACGUUACUCCAUUCUGGUUACAAUGAAGAACUCCACGGACAAGAAUUAUCCUAUCGUCACAGUCGCUGAUUCAGUUCUGUUGGAUACCAUUUCACCCACUCUUCAACUUAAUCAGACCAAUUGGCUUGAGUACAAUAGCAGUGCGGCCCAUCCUGAAGCUGUGAUGAAGGUCGCAAUUGCCUCAGAUCUUGUUCCGUAUGACGAUUUCAAACUUGUUCCUCACGAUCGAAUGGCGCUUCUCCCAGACCCUGAUAUGACUAUUGAGGUUGAUGUCAUCAUGGCAAAUCUAGCCAAUGGCGCAGGCUAUGCGUUUUUCAACAAUAUCUCAUACACGAAGCCUAAAGUCCCGACAUUAUACUCCGUCCUUACCUCUGGUGACUAUGCGACUAACGCCGAGGUUUACGGCGAAUACACCCACCCAUUCGUUCUUGAGCACAAUGCAGUCAUUGAGGUUAUUCUUAAUAACCAGGAUACCGGUUCUCAUCCAUUCCACUUACAUGGUCACAAUUUCCAAGUCGUUAGCCGCACUCCCUCAUAUGGCGCCUCCUUUUACGACUUCGCCGACGGGGACCCAGUUGCCUACAAUGCGACCGAGAACCCUUCAAGCAGCUUCCCAGCAUACCCCGCUCGCCGAGAUACAUUUGUUGCGCCGCCUCAAGGCAAUUUUGUCAUUCGAUUUGUGGCUGACAACCCCGGUGUUUGGUUCUUCCACUGCCACAUCGAUUGGCAUUUGUCGCAGGGACUGGCUAUGUCAUUUAUUGAGGCUCCAAAGGAGAUUCAAAAGCAGAUGUCGUUGACGGACAGUGAGAUCAGCGUUUGCAAGGCAGCAGAUAUCUCAUACGAGGGCAAUGCUGCUGCCAAUAUUGAAGACUUGCUCGACUUGACCGGUCAGAAUAAGCAACUUCCAUGGCUACCUGCCGGAUUCACAGCCAAAGGAAUUAUUGCAAUGGUCUUCUCUUGUGUGUCAGCUUUCUUGGGCAUGGCCUUCAUCACAAUCUACGGUAUCUCUGGAAUUAAGCAACAGGGAGAGACGAGUCAGGUUGUCGAGCGAGAGGAUAUGUAA